AUGUUCCAAAUAGAAAAUUAUCAAAAAAGAAUUCCUUAUUUUAUUAGGUAUGAUCAUGGCAUUUUACAAAAUUAGUAAUCAGUAUUGGAGAAUGAAGAGUUUCUGUUAAAGUACUAGAAGAAUGUCGAUUAAUUGCAGACAGUAAUUGAAGAGCCUGAAUUGAAGGAAGUAAUACAGAGUAGGAAUGAGAAAUUUUUUUAAGUUUUGGAAUAAAUCAUAAAGGUUGAAUCAUCAAUAAAGGACUUUGCAAAAGGAUAUCAAAAGUUCGGAUUUGUAGUAUCAGAUAAUGGAAUCACAUAUAGAGAAUGGGCUCCAAAUGCUAAAGAGUUGAAAUUGAAUGAGUACAGUUGUACCACUGACAACGGUGGUAAUUGGGAAGUUUUUAUACCAAAAGAUGACGAUGACAAUCACUAAAUAGUGCAUGGAAGUCCAUUAAUAACAUAUUGCAAUGAUUUAUAAAGAGUAUCAGUUUGGAGUUAGGUUAAAAAAGGAGAAUAAGCAAUAUUUUGGAAUCCUGAAAACAAAUAUGAAUUCCAAUAAUAAUAGUUAUAAUAAAAAUAACAAAGUAAAGGAUUGAAAAUAAAUAAACAGAGAAUUAAUCAACUAGAGAACAUUCCUGGAUAUAAUGCAAUAUUAAUUACCGAACAAGUCUUAAUGGCUCUAGACAUAAAUUAGACUAAUCCUGAUGAUUUGAAAAAGACCAUUGAUAAUCUUCAUCAAUAAGGACUCUCAGUUCUGAUGGAAAUAGAUCAUCAACUGAUUGGAUAGCUAUUAAAAAAUUGGGAUGGUGGUGAAUUCCAGUAUGUUCGUGAGGGUACAGAUUAAUUGGAUUACAGCAAAUGGGAAGUAUUGAGAUUACUACUCUCGAAUAUUUCCUUCUGGAUCACAGAGUAUUAGAUAGAUGGGUUCAAGUUUUCAAAUAUAGAUCUUACUGACGAUAUUGAUAUUGCUGUUUAUUUGAUGUUGGCAAAUGAUUUAAUUCAUGACAUAUUGCCAAAUGGAAUUAGUGUCAUUAAUAGUUUUGAAUACCCAGCCUUAUGCAGAACUAUCAAGGAAGGUGGAUUAGGGUUUGAUUUCAAAGUUUCCUAAUCUCAAACAAAAUAAUAUUUGCCAAAAACACUUUACGAAAUUCCAUUGGAUGCAUCACAUUUAUAACAACUUAAUGGCUUAGUCUUAGGAUAGGGAGUGAUCACAAAUGGAAAAGAUAAUAACUUAUUGUUACUGGAAUCUUAGCUUGGGUGGUUGGAGACUGAGUUUGCCGAAGUUAAUGUUAUUGACUUUGUGAUUGAAGUUAAGAGAUCAAAAUAUAUAUUUUUGUUUAAUCCCACUGAUUAAAAUAGAACAAUUAAGUUGAGUUACACGAUAAAUAAAGUCAUAAAUCAUGUAGGAUACAAGUGGACAUAAAUUGAUGACAAUAAUACCGAAAUAUAAAUUCAAUCAGAAUAGGGAUUGAUCAUUGAGUGAUAACCUUUAACUAUCUGAAUUAAUAGAAUGUGUAAAACAAAUAUCAAUUAUUUAUUAAUAUUA